CGCGGCCCUUGAAACUAUGUCUAGAAUGAUCAAGGGAAAAGGUAAGAUGUCAGUUGAGGAGGAGGCUAGGGGGAAAGGAAAGGUAGAACCCCAAGGAAAAAUUAAUGAAGGAUGCAAUGAAGGAAGCUGAAGUGACGCCGGAGACGCCCGGGAGUUCUAAGAAAGAAUCUGAGAGACCAGCAGAAAAGAAAGAAGAAGCCAAGAAGGAAGAACCGGUUAAGGAGGUAGAAAAACCGAAGAGAAAGGAAAAGGUGAAAAUGAAACUGCCGUUCACCUACAACAACAAGAAAGAUGAAAACUUGUUGUUGUGGAUCGCAGAGAUCCAGACUUAUUGCGGCACCGCUCCAGUUGAGCCUAAGAGUCAGGUGGCCUUCUCGACGUCAUGUUUGGGAGGAGUGGCCAAGGAGUGGGUGUUGUCCGAAGCCAACGUUGGUUUCGAAGAUAUCAGUGAGCGGGCUAAGACCCCAAACCUCAAGCAAUUUCUCCAAAAGAUAAAGGAGAGAUUCUUGGACAAGACGACGACCGAUAAGGCCUUUGACGAAUUCACCACGAUAGGGCAGAAACGUUGGUCUUCCGUUGAUGCAUUGUCUCGUGAAGUGGACCGUCUUUUGCAAGUACCUGGACUGAAUUUGCAAGACAACCAGGUCUUGUAUAUCUACUCACGAGCUUUGCCCGAGCGAAUUCGCGGACAGCUCGUGGCCGAGACCAAGUUUGGUAAGUACAACUAUCGGCAGUUUCGCGAUCUCGCUCUCCAACGAGAGCAGAUGACCGUACAAGUGAAAGGUUCAUAUGCUUCGGUAGUAAAGUCUAGACCGGUCAGUGGGUACGGUAAGCGGGUCCGCCAGGACCACAUGUUAGUUGUCUUUGAUGGUGAUACUGCGAAAAAGUUACCCCUCCACGAGUAUGAGGGAGGAGGAGGUAAUGGCGACAGCGAGUCCAGGAAGGGUGACAUCGUUGUCGUAAUGGCUAACAAGGGACGCCAAGGCCAAUGGAAGAAGAAGAGGAGGCCACACUCGUUUCCCGAGCACCCCGGCAUCGUGUUCGGGAAGCCCUGGGAAAAGAUGGGGAUGACACGUGAGGAAUGGCAGUCCAAAAUGGACAACCGCCAGUGCCUAAAGUGUGGGACCAUGGGGCAUGUGAUAGUCUGGUGCCCACUAAUUCGUAACCCAAAAGUGAGCAGCCAGUAGGAGUAGCAUCUGCUCCUACUGGGUCGAGGGGUUUAGACCAAAGUAAAGGUAAGGCGCCUAC